UUACCUGCCUGCCGACACCGCCGAACACACUGACGAUCGAAGCUGAGAAAUGCAGUUUGUCUUUCAGAAAUAGGCCGGCACUAUUUAAUUGAACAAUCGCUGAGGUAAUUAUGGCUACAGCAGGUAACAUUCCAAACCAUUCAUCAUCGAUUAACGGAAGUCAAAUGGAUUCGCAACUUGAAUAUUCCUCCGAAGAGGAAGGCUGCCUGUCCCCGUACUGCUGCUCAAGUGAUGACGAGGAGUGCCACCGCGACCUGGUAGACGAGAUGCCCGCUUUUUCCACCCAGUCACUCUCACCAUCGGGACGAUCUCUUUCGCCGAUCGAUUUGGAUACAUCCCCACCGCGCUCGCGAAAUUCCACACCUUGCAACACGCCCAUCGACGGUUCUGCCCCGCACCCACCGGUAGGAAGAGAUUUUGUUUCCCUGGAAGAAGUCAACGCGCGAAUCGGCCUAACACCGCCACCGGACGUCCGAGCGCGCAAUCUGGAAACCAUUUUCGAGGAUAAAUUUUUGGAAACACCCCCGGGACGGGAGUUUGAAUCGCGCUCCAAUCAGAAUCUACUACGAAAGUCGCUUCGCAAUCGCGGUUCGAAGGCAGCGGGCGAUUCAACUGCGGGUCCCGCGGCAGCGUCCUCGCAGCAAUCGAUGGCCAACGGGGGCGCAUCGGACGACAAACGGUUCGACGGUAAGCGUCGUCUGUCGCUAGAGUAAGAAGGCCGUGUGCAUUUGGUAGGUUAGAUAGGACGAUUUUUUCCUCAUAGACUGUA